AUGUACAUGUAUAUCUGCUAUCUUGCGGUGUUUUAGCUCAAGUAUUCUUGAAAUUGUUUGCAACCGAGUGUUUCUUGGGGAAAUAAAAUAUUAUAAAAAUAGGUUUAACUUACAUUCCGUCGAAGAAUUUGUGAUUCAACUAGUGAAUUCCGAAGGAAAGCUGAAUUGUUCGUAAUUUGAAAUCCAACUAUACAGACUCGGAUCGCCUCCGAUCAGUUUCAAUAGAGCAAAUAUAUAGAUAUAAAACUGUUUAAUCUCUGCAACAAAGCUCCGGAGUACAAUAAUAUAAAUAAAUUAGAACUACAACCGUAAACCUUGUAUCAAAAUGGGGAACGUUUUCGCAAAUCUUUUUAAAGGACUUUUUGGUAAAAAGGAGAUGAGAAUAUUGAUGGUCGGAUUAGAUGCCGCUGGUAAAACCACAAUCUUGUACAAACUCAAAUUAGGUGAAAUUGUUACAACGAUACCUACCAUUGGUUUCAAUGUUGAGACUGUAGAAUACAAGAAUAUUAGCUUUACAGUAUGGGAUGUGGGCGGCCAAGAUAAAAUUCGUCCAUUAUGGAGGCAUUACUUCCAAAAUACACAAGGUCUUAUAUUCGUCGUUGAUAGCAACGACAGAGAACGUAUUGGUGAGGCGAGAGAGGAAUUGAUGCGUAUGUUGGCCGAAGACGAGCUCAGAGAUGCUGUAUUAUUAAUAUUCGCAAACAAACAGGAUCUGCCAAACGCAAUGAACGCAGCCGAAAUUACCGACAAGCUCGGUUUGCACUCACUCAGAAAUCGUAAUUGGUAUAUACAAGCGACGUGUGCAACCAGCGGCGAUGGUCUCUAUGAGGGUCUCGAUUGGUUGUCCAAUCAACUUAAGAAUGCUAAUCGCUAGAUGCACGCAUAUAAAUAUAUAUAUAUAUAUUAAUGAAAAAACACCUUUUUGAUUUAAACAUAAAGUUAAUGAAAAUUUGAAUAAAAAGAAACAAAAAGCGAAAAUGAAAGCAUGUAAAUCAACUAUAAAACAACAUCCUACUGAUUCUCCUCUUACCCCCACAUUAAGAAAAACAAGAAUAAUAGAAUACGGAUAUCAUUCAUUUAGUGGCUGUUGAUAAAAGCAAAAAAAACCGGAAAAAUGUCAUCGCUUGCA